CUUCCACACUUCCGCUUUAGCAUCGGUGGCCUCGACUUCUGAGUUUUGAUUUCAUUCAGCCGUGAAAAGGUUGCGAGAAAGUGGAAAUUAGGGUUUUAUUAGUAGAGUUUCAGUCUCUUGUAGGGUUCACAUAGCAGCUGAUCAGUUCCAAUCAAUGGCAACUGAUUCGAGCUUCCUUGAUGGACCUGAAAAGGACUCCUCUCUUCAGUCUAUCUGCUAUAAGCGCGGUUCACUUCAGCUACUCGAUCAGAGGAAGCUUCCCCUUGAAACCACUUACUUGGAUAUUCGAGAUUCAACAGAUGGAUGGACUGCAAUAAGAGAUAUGGUGGUCCGUGGGGCACCUGCAAUUGCUAUAGCUGCAGCCCUUUCUCUGGCAGUGGAAGUGUGUAACUUGGAAGCUUUUAAUGGGACAUCCAAUCAUGCAGCAUCUUUCCUGUCCAACAAAUUGGAAUAUCUUGUCUCUAGCCGACCAACUGCUGUGAAUCUUUCGGAUGCUGCAACAAAACUUAAAGAAGCCAUAUCAAAGGCAGCUGCAAAUGCAUCAGAAGCUAGGACUGUCUUUCAGGCUUACAUUGAAGCUGCUGAAAUAAUGCUUAAGGACGAUGUUGCCUCAAAUAAAGCAAUCGGGUCCUAUGGUGCUAGUUUUAUUCAGUGCCAGCUCAAAGAUGCUAAGAGGCUGUCUAUUCUGACUCAUUGCAACACUGGCAGUCUUGCUACUGCUGGAUAUGGUACUGCACUGGGUGUGAUCCGUGCACUUCAUGCUGAAGGAGUUCUCGAGAGGGCUUACUGUACGGAAACACGUCCAUUCAACCAAGGAUCCAGACUGACAGCUUUUGAGUUAGUCCACGAUAACAUCCCCGCUACUCUUAUAGCAGAUUCUGCUGCAGCUGCAUUAAUGAAAGCUGGACGUGUGAAUGCUGUCAUUGUUGGAGCAGAUCGUGUGGCUUCAAAUGGUGAUACUGCUAAUAAGAUCGGGACAUACAGUCUUGCCCUGUGUGCGGUUCGUCAUGGUAUUCCAUUUUAUGUGGCUGCACCAUUGACUUCCAUAGAUCUCUCUCUUUCUUCUGGACAAGAAAUUGUUAUAGAAGAAAGAUCUGCAAAGGAACUGUUGAACUCACGUGGAGGACUUGGGGAACGAGUUGCCGCGUCUGGAAUCUCAGUUUGGAACCCAGCAUUUGACGUUACCCCAGCUAAUAUAAUAAGUGGUAUUAUUACUGAAAAGGGUGUCAUCACAAAGACUGGCAGUGAUGCAUUUGACGUAAAGAGUUUUAUAGGAAAAACACACUGCAUUUCACAAUAGGAGAGGGAUAGGUGCGACUCUGAUGAUAUCCAUCAGGCUGAAAUCUAAUUUACAUAGCAUGGAAUCUGACGUAUUGUUGUACACUAGUAAGAUGAGAACUGCAAUCUGGUUUAUGAGAGUUACAGGAAUGAGGUGUGCUUGGCUGGGUUUUGCUUUGUCUCCCUCCAUUUUUUUGGAUAAUUUAGCAGGGUUCAAGUUAACGUCACUAAAACAAAGAAUCAAAAGAACAUGGAUUUUUUACUCUCUUGUCAGGAACUUGAUUACCAGCCAAUUUGCCAAAAGAACUAUGGUGAUUGUUUGGAAAUUACGGCAAUUUACCAUCGUUAUUUUGUUUCAA